UUGGAAUAUCCAAACGCAUCUUGGGUUUUUACCUGGCGGAAAAUAGUUUCUUCCUGGACUUCAAUCGAAUUGUGAUGCAGGAGGAUGAGAGUGCUGGUGGAUAUGCCUAUUUUAACACAACAUUGACAAUAACCAACCUGAGAACUUCUUCUCAGUUAUUGAAAUCACCGUUCAAGAAUUUAUGACUGCUUCUGAAAAGUUCUAACAGGGGAGAAAAGGAAACAGACUGAGCCAAGAUCAACGGAAAGUCAUCGAACACUACGUAUCGAACACAAACUUCUUCAAUCGUCGCGUCGUCUGCAGUAAAUAGCUAAAGUCUAAAGACAGCUUCGCCGUUGUCAGCAGAGGGAGUGACCUUGAUCUUGAGAAUUUUGAUCAAACUGGACCUAUAUGAUUACCAUGGAGGACACACUGUUGCUAAAGCAGGAGCAUGAUGAUGAUGUCGUUUUACAACAAAGUCCUCUCGAUGAAGACCAGUUGAACGGUCUUUCAGAGUCAGAAUGUCCUACAACUCCUGGCGUCAACUCUCAACUAUGCUCUGCAGACGACACAAGCCCUCCUCACACGCAGCAACAACAACAGCAGCCACUUCACCAUCAGCAACAGUAUUCUAACGACCACCUCCACCACCAUCACCAUCAGCAACAGCAACAGAUGCAAUACGAGAACUGUCAUGGUUAUCAACACCAACAACAGCAGCAUCGUCACCACCGGCAGCUCAGCUCGUCGUCAGCCGCCUCUAUCGGCCAGCAUCACGAUCUCCAACACCACUCGUACUCUCACGGCGGCAUCGUCUCUCUGCACGACCCAAUGGCGGGAAAUACAGGCCAUAAUAUUUCCGGGAUGCUCGCUUCGUCGUCUGCUUCGGAAGGUGAAGGCAUCUCGGGAAGCGAGCGCAACGAGACAGGUUGCAUCGCCCUCGGGAGCCCCGACGAAUUCGCUUCGGAGGAGGAGAAAACACGGGAAUUGCUACAGCGGAAGACUGCCAGCGACAGAGAGAGGUCGCGCAUGCGUGACAUGAACAACGCUUUCGAGACUCUUCGCAUCAAGCUAGCCCAUCGCAAACAGCCGGGCAAGAAGAUGUCCAAGAUCCAGGCACUCCGCUUCGCCAUCGAGUACAUCAACGAUCUCGAAGAGACACUGACGAUGACGACACGGCUGCCGACGACUGGAGGGGCGUACUACCACUGGGCGAGGGCCAGAGGGUUCAUCUGGGCACGCGAAAAGGCAAAGAUGCACGACUACAGCGGUGUUCAGCCCGGGAUGGAGAUGGCCCACGACCCGGCAACCAACGGCGGCAUGGUAGGCACCGGCUCCAUCGACUCGUACACAACAUCCUUGCAACCUCUACAGCAACAUCACCACCAGUCGCAGCAACAUUUGCUUCAGCAACAACAGCAGCAGCAGCAACAACAACAGCAACCGCAACAAACAGCCGAUCUCAUGUUGGACUACAUGCAGCAGAGCACUCAGUACCAACCCACUACGCCGCAGUGAUGCCGUCAUUUUGAAAACUUUGUGCAAAGAGAUUUUAUAAAGUGUUAUGUUUGCCGUUUCAAGACUUUGAAAUAUAGGACAUGAUCCAAAUCUACCUGCGAGACAAUUAUUUCUUCACUGAAUUGAACUACAUGUAGUAGAUAAUUCGACUUUAAAUGACUUUGUUGUGCGUUUCAACGGUUGAUGGUCUUCAUUAGUUAGAAGAAUAGAAGUUGACGUGCUCAGAGACUUUGCCUCUAUUAAUCUGCAGGAUGUUUUCUUUGGGGGAAAAUGCGCUUUCUUUGUUGCAGGGGAGGGGGUACAAAAUGGGAGUGACCUGAAUAGUACCUCUCUCCGGCACACCUCACAGGUAUAAACCAACAAAAUACCAAAGGCGCAAGUUUUGCAGAAGACAUUUUUUUUUUUAAUCAGUA